AUGGGUAUCCAAGGAUUGAUGACCUACGUUGGAGAAAAUCAUAAUUUUUUUAAUAAUGUCAAGCUACAAAAUACAAAAAUUGUGAUCGAUGGCAAUAACUUAUUUCAUAGACUUUAUUUUGACUCUGGAAUCGAUCUUAAACAUGGAGGUGAAUAUGAUUUGUUUACCGACGUCAUCUGCAAAUUUUUUGAGGCCUUGUCUCUCUGUAAUAUUGCGCCAUACGUGGUGUUUGAUGGUGGAUGUGAUUGUACUGAUAAGAAGUUCGAAACACUCAAACAGCGGGCCAGGAAGAAAAUCCAAAAUGCGCACAUCAUCUCUAGAGGUGGUGGAGGAAUGCUGCUUCCGCUGCUGAACCCAGAAGUUUUUAAACAGGUUUUACUGCAAUUGCAAGUACCUUUCGUCCAGUGUCAUUCAGAAGCAGACCGUGACAUUGUAACUCUCGCUAAUCAGUGGGCCUGCCCUGUUCUGACACUAGAUAGUGACUUCUGUAUCUUUGAUUUGAAAGCUGGUUAUUGUCCCUUAAAUUACUUUAAGUGGCAAAGUGUGACUACUCCAAAAGACCAUUCUGGAUCCUACAUUUCAGCCCAGUGUUUCUCUGUUGAGAAUUUCUGUAAACAUUUUAACCUAGUAAACAAAGCCUUACUCCCUCUGUUUGCAGUGUUGAAUGGCAAUGAUUAUGUGAACCUACCUACCUUGGAGACCUUUCUCGCCCGAGUGCAUAUCCAUGCAAGGACAUCUGGUUCAGCAAGAAAGAAAAAUAUGCGCAUUCAAGGGCUUCUGAACUGGCUAUCCACAUUUUCUGAUCCAGAGGAAGCAAUGGAAAACAUUCUUAAAUGUCUAAAACAAAAUGAACGUGAGGAGGUCCGAAAAGUUCUCUGCACUGUUAUGGAUGAAUAUACUCAGUCAGAAGUGGAUCUUACAAAGUUCUUUCAAAAUAAAGACCUGAGAGCUCAUGUUCCCAUUGCGUUGGCCAGCAAAGCCCCUGAGUGGAUGUGCCUUGCUCUAAUGAAAGGAGAGUUGGCCCCUUUUCUUAGUGACUGCUUGAUUUUAAAGAGAGCCUUUUUGCAAACUCAGGUGGAGAAUACUGGCAGACCCAGCAGUAAUAGAUGCUCGUUGUAUAUUCGUCAGGUCAUAUAUGGAUUGUUACUGUGUGCAAAUGAGCCUUAUUCUAAUCAAAUGCUGGAUUUAUCAGAGAGGGGUUCAAUACAGGCAGGCAUUGGUGAAGAAAGACUCAGGAAAAUGUCUUGUGUGGAUGAAUUUGAUAGAUAUGAACAAACGCUGAGAAAAUCUAGUGUCCCAGCCGUACUGAAAGGAUUCAAUGCAAAUGAAAUCUACUCAUUGCAAAGACUACCUGAGAUUUCUCUGUCAGACAGAAUCCAUUUUCUACUGGACGUUCUGCAAGCGAAACCUGAUGUGUUGGCCUUGCCAGCUCACCUCCAGCUAACUGUUGCUGUGACUUGCUACUGGGUGGCUCAUGUUGAACCCAAAGUGACAUUACACCAUCUUCAAGCUCUGCUGCUCUGCAUUGUAACUGGAGAACUGAAUAAAAUCAUACAAAAGCCAGGUAACAGCAGCUUUGAUGAGAAGAGCAUCAGAAUGGUGCGUGACAGACUGACCCACAUGAAAGAAAGGAAACAGCAAAUGUGGAAUCUGGACCUAAAUGUGGCUCACGUGUUCUGUCAGUGGCAGAGCUGUCUGUUAAUGGGAAUCUAUCUAAAUCAGCUUUUGUGCUUUCCUCUUCCUGUGCCUGAUAUUACACGCCUCUAUCGUGGGACUUAUGUGCAUCGCUUAUACCAAACACUGCAAUCAAUGGCUGCUGCAGAGGAUCUGUUGAAAGGUUCUCUGAUUGCAGGUGAGGUUUACCAUGAGCUCCUGCACACCGUGAUCACCACAGUACCAGCAGACUUUUUCCAGAAGAAACACAAGUCGAAACACAAAUCUCAACACCAAUCUCAAGCCAAACUGAAGGAAAAACAAACAACUAAUUCUUCUGGAUCAUUGAUAAAUGAGGAUAAUCAGAAACAGGGUACCUGGCAUGAUGCAAAUAACCGAUUUGCAGCCUUGGCAACUGAGGAGUUUUGAUAAAAUCAGUGUUAUUUUGUAGCAUGAAAAGCUGUUGAAAUUUAAUACUGAAUGACAUACAGUCCACUUUACAGCAUUGCACAAGGGUUUCAUGAGGGUGCAUCGCAACAGCCCAUCUUGUUUUUAAACUUGUCCUUUAUGGAGAAAAGAUUAUCCAAUUGCUAUAUAAAAAAAAAUGAAUAGAAGGAAUCCACGUGUAAAUUAAUUAACCACACUCUACUCAGGUUCGUAACUGAUAUUUCAUUCUAGUGUUAAGUUCUAAGAUUGCUGUUUAGAAAGUAACUCAACAAAUAUUAGUUGCAGGACAAAUUAAUCUCAACCAACAUUUCCCUGCAUACAGCAUACACUAUAAAACAAGUAUUACCACUUCUGCUACAGUCACGUGUCUUGUCUGGCUAGCCACCAUAAUAUUUUAAAUCUGUAUGUUAACUAUGUUUUGUAUAUUUUGUAUAUUUUGCCCAGCCUCCCACAGACUGAAAUAUCAAUUUCAAAGCUCCCUCCUUUCACUGAGGGUAAUAAUCUCUUCCUUGACCAGGGUUAAUGUUUUCUUUUGUACAUUAAUCAUAUGUAUUUAAAUGUGAAUCUCAGUAUUUGGUCUAUUUCUCAGUCAUAAUAGUGGAGUCUGGUCUGGUUUUCACUUCUGACCUGAACACAGAACCAGUGAGUGUGAAAUAAACUCGUUCAUUUGAGUUUUAGCUUUGCUGUCCAUCUACUAAAUAAAGAGACUCCAAAUGUAAUCCUGUUAUUGAAUUUAUUAUAUCUAAUGGAGUACAGACCAAGAGUUAAAUCUGGCUGUGCUUAAAUUAGCAUCUGACUGGUUAAGUUUGCAAGUUGCAACGAGUUAAGAUCCCAACUUGACCGUUUGAGUGUUACAAACCUCUAAAUGGGCCUGAAAGUUGUUGUUUAAUCAGAGAAUAACUAUCCUUCCACAUUACAUUGCUAGUUUCACAUUUAACACAAAAGAUACAUUUUAGGAACUACUUACGGUGUUGCUUUCAACCUAGCAAAUAAACUGACAAUGUCCAAUAUAAGUGAAAUAUGCAUCAUACUUUAUAUGCAGAAGUCACAGAUUUAUUGCUAAUUUCAGGACUAGUGUCUAUCCCAAAGUAUAUUUUAUUCAGUAUUUUCAAUCUAUGAAUACUACAUUUUACUGUACAGGUAGUAAAGUCUGUCAACUUUCAUUCGGAAUUGACAAAAUGUUUGAAAUUGUUAUGAUUGUCUGGAAAUUGAAUAAAAUCUUGUCAUGUUU